AUGGCACCCAAUUUAUCGACUGGUCUGAAAUUACCCAUCAAUAAAACCCUCGGUCCAAAGCCAAGCAAUCCUCUCGGACAAAAGCGCAAAAAUAACGUUUUCGAUGAUGAUUCCGACGAUGAGGACCAGCAGCGAGGGAAAGGAGCUGUGGAGAUAUCCACAAUAGGUGGCCUAGACGUGUCAGUAUCAAAGCCGGCAUUGCCAAAGAUCGCAGGACCUCCACCAAAACGGAAGAUACACUUGGGCGGUGGACCGAAGCCCAACGCUAAGCCUCUGAGCAAGACCUCGAUCUUUGCCCACGAGGAUGAUGAGGACGAAGACAAUGAAAAAAAGCGCCAAGGAGAGACGAAAUUUGGGUUGAACAAGGCCAAGUCGAACCAGGCGGCAGGCCCUACACCGGAUUACACCAACCUCUCCUCAUUAUACAGCAGCAAAAAGCAUGCUAAAGAAGCUGAACAACUCGACCCGCUGAUUUACUCGUAUGAUGAUGUUUACGAUAGUCUGCACGCGAAGCCAGAAAAGCCCACAAACGCGGAGAAGGCUGAAGUACCGAAAUAUAUGACAUCAUUACUGCGAAGCGCAGAGAUUAGGAAGCGCGAUCAACUGCGGGCACGUGAUCGUCAAUUGAUGAAGGAACGCGAAGCUGAGGGUGAUGAGUUCGCAGAGAAGGAGGUCUUUGUUACUGGUGCAUACAAGGAGCAGCAAGCAGAGCUACGAAAAGUAGAAGAAGAGGAGGCACGUCGGGAGAAGGAGGAGGAAGAGCGAAGGAAACAGAAUGGUAACGCUGGUAUGGUUGGAUUUUACCGAGACAUGCUUUCGCGAGGUGAAGAACGACACGAACAGAUUGUCAAAGCUUCCGAAGAGGCUGCUCGCAAAGUCAACACAGCCGAGGCUACGGAUGAUACAGCGAAGGAAUCGGACGAAAACACAGAAGCCAAGAAGGCCGCAGAACUCAACUCGCGCGGGGCUCGUAUUGCUGUUAAUGACGAGGGUCAAGUUGUUGACAAGAGACAACUACUUACUGCAGGCCUGAACGUGGCUCCAAAACCGAAAGCCACACCUUCUACUGCUGCACCAUCUCGACCUUUGGCUGGGCGGUCUAGGCCUACUACAGGACAGUCUGGUCGUGGUGCACAGCGCGCUCGCCAGACUGAGAUUAUCGCUCAACAGUUAGAGGAGCGUACCCGACAGGAAGAGGAGGCCGAAGCCGCCAAACAGAAGGAGAUUGCAGAGCGGAGUCGCAGCCAAAAGUCAGCUACAGAUGUUUCCAGUGCCAAGGAGCGAUACAUGGCAAGAAAAAGAGAACGUGAGGAAGCUGCUGCAAAAGAAAAGGCGGCUAAAUGA